AUGGAGGACUUUACGAAACUCGAACGCGACAUCAAAUCAGCGCUCGUAUCGACCAUCCGCAGCGCAUCUUCGCUGGCCAGCGAAGACCUUUCCUUCCAUCGCUCGCUCGAUUCGGCCGUCGGACCCUCACUGGAUCAACAGAAUGCGCGGCUUCUGGGUCUUGCGGAACGGUUGGUUGGCGCUGCGACAGCGAAUACGGAGAUAGUACGUCCGCCACGUCUCAGGGACCUCGAUUCGGUCGAAGGCAACUGGAAGGCCGUGGUUGAUGUCGUUGACAGCCUGCUGGAGCGCGCGGAUACUGCGCUUGACGAGUUCACGGGCGCCGUGAAGAGAUUGAGUCCUGGAGCAGACCAGGCGGCCGCAGCAAAGCCGCAGAGGUCGUCCAGAAUACAGAACACGAUCCGGGACAGGAACCUCGAAAAACCACAGUUGCACUUUGAACAUGUGCCCAAGAAUAAUGAAACGGGUCCCUUCAAACCACUUUUGCUGAGCAAGCCUCAUGCAUCGGUGGCCUUGGAGACGGCACCCAUCUCGAGUGAUUCAGACUCCCAACAAAUGUAUCCGCAUCCUUACCAGCUCGAAAUCGAGCAGUACCGAUAUCCGUCAUCACUCUAUACACAGAGUGAACCCAUCCCAUACCACCCAUUCGAAUCGACAACUGCAACAUUCGUCGACACGGAAGAAGCACUACACGAAAUGCUUGAAGAACUCAAGCAGGCAAAAGAGAUUGCCGUCGACCUUGAGCACCACGAUCAACACACAUAUGUAGGUAUUGUAUCACUCAUGCAAAUCAGCACCCGCGACAAGGACUGGAUUGUCGACACACUCAAGCCCUGGAGACAAAAGCUGCAGAUCCUGAACGAAGUCUUUGCCAAUCCUGCCAUCAUCAAAGUUCUGCAUGGAGCUUUCAUGGACGCAGUGUGGCUCCAGCGAGACUUGGGAUUGUAUCUCGUCGGGCUCUUCGACACUCAUCAUGCAUGCAGAGCGCUGGGAUAUACGGGCGGCAGUCUUGCAUUCCUGUUGAAGAAGUUUGCCAACGUUGAUGCCCAGAAGCAAUAUCAAAUGGCCGAUUGGCGUGUUCGGCCACUUCCCCAAGAGCUCUUCGACUACGCGCGGAGUGACACACACUACCUGCUCUACAUCUUCGAUUGUAUGCGGAAUGAAUUGAUUGAGCGGUCCAACUUUGCCAUGCCAGAUCACGAAGGUGACAAGCUGUGGGAUGUACUACAGAAGAGCUCUGAAGUUGCAUYGCAGCGUUACGAACACCCGCAAUACGACGCAGAGCUUGGACAAGGAUCCUUUGGCUGGUACAAGCUUCUGUCGCGCACACCAGCGUUGUUCUCCAAAGAGCAGUUCUCUGUGUUCCGUGCUGUGCAUCAGUGGCGCGAUACCGUGGCGAGACAACAAGACGAAAGCAUCCAUUGGGUGAUGCCAAAUCAUCAAAUCUUCAGUCUUGCAAAAGCAAUGCCACCCACGCGUCUUGCUCUACUAGGCAUCGCCCAACCUGCAACCCAGACUGUGCGUCUACGCGCGGACGAGCUUUUGAGUGUCAUCACCAAAGCAAAAGCGGCUGGUCAGAACGGCCCUGACAUGAUGGAGGUCCUUGAGAAGGUGGAGCCUCAAUACCGCAAACCUGCUGUCGCGCCGACCGCUGCACCGGUAGCCGCAGCUCAGGCUCCUGCGCCUGUUGCGAAUGGUACAUCCGUAGCAUCCGCCGUGCCCAUACGAACGCCGAAAUCUGCAUUCUGGGGUGCGGCGUUUGAAAGCAGCGCGUGGAACCAGAAGCGCAAUGCGAGCAAUCUGAACGGCGUUUCACUAUCUGUACCAAUCCCGCCUCUCACUGCCGAGAUCUUCGCCGAUCCACCAGAAACAUACGAAUCUAACGUUCAGCGCGAGCCUACUCCGGAACCAGUUGCUGAACCCAUGGAAGAAGACGAGCCGGACAGCACCUUCAUUCUGAAGGAAGUUGGCAAGAAGCGCAAGCGUGCGGAACCUGUCGACGGUAUGGCGGCCCAACUGGACGAGGUCACCAUUCCUACAGAUGAGGGACACGCGGAGAAGCAAGCUCGCAAGGCCGCAAAGAAGGCCGCAAAAGCAGCUGCGAAGCGAGAUGCCGCUGGAGAGGAUGCCGRGGAGGAAGCCCCGUUCGACUACGCUGCUGCGCCGAGCAUUCUAAAUCCGCCUCGGGAGAAACUCACGGCGAAGGAGCGGAAGAAAAAGGAGAAGCAGGUGAAUCCCUAUGCCAAGUCACUCGAUGCUGCAAAGGGUAUGCCGAGGACGCAAAAGGAGAAGGCGGGGAAGAGUAUGACUUUCAGAAAGUGA